CCAACGGUCACGUUAUGUAAGAGUUUAAUCCAGAGGAUUUCUUCAUCAGGAGGAGGAUCAGGUCAGGGUGGAGUCGACCAGCCCGUGCUUCCUCCUCCCUCAUCUACAGGUAGGGCUCAGGGGUUUAUAACUGGCACAGCGGUGCCCGGGUGACUACUCAACGAUCUCUCGUCUGAACAGGAGGAUCAGAGGAACCAUCAUGGCUGGCAUUUACGGAGACAUCACCAAGGUCAUGACCACCGGAGCGUCCGAGAAAACGUCCAAAGGCCUCGGCGUGAAAGGUGUGGAAGCUUCGCACAAACUGGCCGAGAGCGACCUGAAGAGGGUGGACCAGUACAAGUCCAUGAUCAUUAAAGUCGCCAAAGAGAAGCAGAUCGAUCCGGCUAUAGUCGCCGGCAUCAUAUCCAGAGAGUCCAGGGCUGGGCUGCUCCUGAAGGACGGCUGGGGAGAUAAUCACAAUGGUUUCGGACUCAUGCAGGUGGACAAACGUCAUCACUCUCCGAAGGGAGCCUGGAACGGUGAGGAAAACAUCAGACAGGGGGUUGACAUCCUGAUCUCCUUCAUUAAGGAAAUUCAGAAGAAGUUUCCCAGCUGGUCCAAGGAGAACCAAUUAAAAGGGGGAAUAGCAGCCUACAACUUCGGGGUCGAUGAUGUCCGAACCCUGGAGGGGAUGGACCGUGGGAGUUCAGGAGACGAUUACUCCAGUGACGUGGUGGCCCGGGCACAGUGGUUCAAUUCCCACGGCUACUGAGCGGAAUAAUGCGUGACACACGCAGCUCUGAGUAAUUUUGGGAUGGUAAUUUUUGGGUUACAGUGCUUAUAGAAAUCGUUUCUUGGAAUAAAUAAUAUUACUACAGCAAUAAUAUAAAUGCUAAUAUUGG